CGCCAGUCCUCAGGCUCCCAAACCCUACCCGCACCCCGCCGCCGCCUCCCCUAGCUCGAGCAAGCAGCAGCCAUGCCGCCCAAGUUGGACCCCUCUCAGGUGGUGGAGGUCUUCGUCCGCGUGACGGGCGGCGAGGUGGGCGCGGCGUCGUCGCUGGCCCCCAAGAUCGGCCCGCUCGGUCUCUCCCCGAAGAAGAUCGGUGAGGACAUCGCCAAGGAGACCGCCAAGGACUGGAAGGGCCUCCGUGUCACCGUCAAGCUCACCGUCCAGAACCGCCAGGCCAAGGUCUCCGUCGUGCCCUCCGCCGCGGCGCUCGUCAUUAAGGCGCUUAAAGAGCCCGAGAGGGACAGGAAGAAGGUCAAGAACAUCAAGCACAGUGGCAACAUCUCCCUCGACGACGUCAUCGAGAUCGCCAGGACCAUGAGGUCCAGGUCCAUGGCCAAGGAGUUGGCCGGCACCGUCAAGGAGAUUCUCGGGACCUGCGUCAGCGUCGGCUGCACCGUCGACGGCAAGGACCCCAAGGAUCUUCAACAGGAGAUCGAUGACGGCGAGGUCGAAAUCCCCUCCGCCUAAUGGCUAGACAUCUAAGGAGAUCAUCAUCAGAUGGUACUGAAGUGGUGUUUUGUUCCUUAUGCUGUUUAUGUACCUCACCAAACAAUGUGGUUCCUCCUAUUUUUGUCUUGCUUUAGUAGUUAUGCCGUGAGAGACCUCAAUGUUACUACUGCAUCCGUUUGGAAUCUGGAAUGGAGUUUUAAGCACUUGGUCAUCUUAAAUUCCUCCUGCCAGGUGGAAUUUCCAUA